CACCGAUUGGGCCAGCAUCAUAAUGUGAUGAUUAUGUGGCCAUGCGACCAUAUUGUGGUCCAUAUGAAGAAGGAGCGACUGUCUUCCUUCUAUCAAGAUAUGACAACUAGCCUCACCCAGGAGUUCAAGACCCUGCCUCGGUAAUUCAUUCUCCGACGUUCGGACUGGGCGCAAAUUAUACGUGACCUGCUGAUUGAAACUGAAACAAAAGAACCAGUUUGACUGUGAUGGGUUCGUAAUCGUGUAUCUCUAGCUUACCCGCAGCAGAGUAAAGUAUUUUAGGGCUAUGGUAAACUCGCUGCUUGUGCUAAUCAUAUAUCAGCAGGGUUUCUGGGCUUGCUUGCUUCAAUAAUCAAGAACUUGCGUUAGUACCUGCAGGCAAUUAAUAUCCAUGAUGUCUCGCGGGGAACUGGUGGUUGGAUGGAUGUUCGGGAUGCUUAGUAUACUUGUCACCGUGUGGCACGUUCGCGUCCGACUGCAACCGGCACAGCAUCAAUCUAUAGAAUACACCUACGCUGGCGAUGAUUACCCAUGGGAAUUUCCUGUCGACCUCACGCAUGAAGCCGUCGCGAUGACUCUUCAUGAAAGUGUGCAUUUUGCUCUGAACGCAUCUGACACAGAAUCUCAACUGGAAUGGAAAAGCCUCCCAAGUUGGCCGAAAAUUAUUGGUCGCACCCAUCUAGGACCAGAGCACCGAGUUUUCGUGGUGGUCUUCGGUCAUCAGCUCCACUGUUUAUGGAUGCUGCAGCAAGCUCUCCUCGACUACAACCGUGAUCAACCCAAGGUUACAUAUCAUCACACACAUCACUGUCUCAAUUAUCUUCGGCAGACUCUUAUGUGUGACCCUGCACAUACGCUGGAGAUGGGAGACUUUCUGAGCGUCGAUUACGAGAAGGACAGAAUCGGGGACACAUUAGUAUGCAGAGACUGGGGCAAGGCAAAUUCUGUACUUGAAGAGUACCACGAGAAGUGGUUGCAGUGGAGGGCGCAUUGGGACUAAAUUGACACACUACUUCAUAUGCUUCAAUCUGUUUUCGCUGAGCGCAACUAUGUAUUAUUUUACUAAGUGAUUCGAUAGCCGCACUAGGUUUUAAAUGUGUUCACUUUCAAAUUCAAGCCUGUUUAAUACAACGAAAUCGUUCAGUCUUUAGUGCUGC